AUGAAACCAGACGAACUAAACAAACCUCAUUGUGAGACGAUGAAGCAUAAUGGAAUAAUCGGCCAGUUGACAAUGGAGACGCAGGCGCCGACUGAUGAGGAAGCAAUUGGCGUCGACACCAGUGACCCCUGGUCCAGAUUCAACAAACGAUACUCAAGUUUAUUGGAGUGGAGUGAAUAUUUUCUCGGUAUUUACAACCUACAAGAAAACUUCCAUUAG